AUGGAGUACCAAACACUUCUACUAGGAAUUACCUUCGUAAGUGCAACCAUUUUCAUCUUCAUUAUUAGAAAAUUAAGCCAAACUAAAAAAUCUACAAAACUUCCACCAGGGCCACACCCACUCCCCAUCCUAGGAAACAUCUUAGAACUUGGCAAAAGCCCACACAAGACACUCACAAAACUCUCUAAAAUCUAUGGACCAAUCAUGACACUAAAACUAGGAACCAUAACAACGAUAGUAAUCUCAUCACCACAACUAGCCAAACAAGUCUUACAUGAAAAUUCCCAAAUCUUUUCUAAUAGGACAAUCCCUCACUCUGUGUAUGCAACCGAGCAUUACAAAUUCUCAAUCACAUGGCUUCACCCCUUAUCAACAUCAUGGAAGAAACUUAGGAGAGUUUGUGCUACAAAAGUAUUCUCUCCAAAACAUCUUGACUCCACAAAAGUCAUUAGACAACAAAAGUUGAAAGAAUUAUUGGAUUAUGUGAAUGAAAAAUGCAACAGAGGUGAAGUUUUUGACAUUGGUAAAGCUGUUUUUAUAACUAUGCUUAAUUCAAUUUCAAACACUUUCUUCUCUAUGGAUUUUUCUCAAAUCACACAUGAUGAAAAGUCUCAAGAGUUUGAGAAUAUUGUUCGGGGUAUCAUGGAAGAAGCUGGUAGGCCUAAUAUUUCAGAUUUCUUUCCAAUUCUCCGUCCAUUAGAUCCACAAAGUGUACGUGCAAGGAUGACCAAUCAUAUGAAGAAGUUGUAUGAGAUUCUUGAUGGAAUUAUUGAAGAUAGAAUUUGUUCAAGAGCUUCCAAAGUUAAUUAUGAGGUUUGCAAUGAUGUGUUAGAUUCACUUCUUAACAAUAUUGGAGACACUAGUUCUGAAUUGAGCCGCAAUGAAAUGGUGCAUUUGUUUAUGGAUUUAUUUGUUGGUGGGAUUGACACAUCUUCAAAUACAAUUGAAUGGAUUAUGGCUGAGUUAUUACGUCACCCCGACAAAUUAACAAAAGCAAGAAAAGAAUUAUGUGAAGCAAUUGGCAAAGAUGAAACACUUGAAGAAUCACAUAUUUCCAAGCUACCUUACUUACAAGCAGUUGUGAAAGAAACAUUUCGAUUGCACCCUACAGUUCCAUUAUUGAUACCCCACAAAUGUGAUGAGAAUGUGAACAUAUUAGGCUUCAAUGUCCCAAAAAAUGCAGAAGUUUUAGUCAAUGUGUGGGCCAUGGGAAGAGAUCCAACCAUUUGGGAAAAUUCAACUAUGUUCAUGCCUGAAAGAUUUUUGGAGUGUGAUAUAAAUUAUAAGGGUAACAAUUUUGAGCUUAUACCCUUUGGGACAGGCAAACGAAUUUGUCCAGGAUUGUCGUUAGCUCAUAGGAUUGUGCCUUUAAUAGUGGCAUCCCUUUUACGGAAUUUUGAAUGGACACUUGCUGAUGGACUAAUGCCAGAAAACAUGAAUAUGGAUGAACAAUUUGGAUUAUCCUUAAAGAGGGUUCAACCUCUUCGAGUUCAAGCUACAUAAAUUAAACAUGGUUGAUUAUAUGUAAGAGUAUGCUCAUACAGUCAGUGGCGGAUCCAGGACCUGGCUCAGUGGGUGCAAAAUAUUAAACUUUAAUAAAUAAGUAUAAUCAUACAUAUACAAAAGUCGUAUGCUCAAAAAAUUACAUUGUACUCAAUUUAUAAUGUAUCAAAAAGCUGUUAAAAAAAUAAUAAUAAUAAUAAAUAAUAAUAAUA